GGCUCCAAGCGCCUCUCCCCCGCUCUAUAAACGUCGUCCUUCUCAACUUCAACGCUCAAUGCUCUUCUUAUGAACCCCCCUCUCUGUGUCAGUCCACUGGCAGAAAGAAAGAAUCUUUACUAGGAGUAUUAUUUUUGAUACGUAAAAGAAACCAGACUAAAUUGGACUAUUGUGAUGGAGUUAACCUUUUACUCAAUAAAACCCCAAGUUUUAUCCUUGAGUGAUACUAGUAAGAGGUAUUAUUCGUCACUUUACACUUUGUCUCGUAAGAGUUGUUCAUCUCUUCAGGUAUCUCAGAGCUCUUCUAUCCUUCCCAUGAAGCAGAAAUUAACCCCCAGACCUUUAAGGGUUCGCUCCGAAUAUGAUGCUAAAGUCAAUGGAGCUCUUUCUGCUGACUCUGAUCCUCGUUUUCUUGACCGGCAAAAAGCAUUGGAAACAGCAAUGAAUGACAUAAACAACUCAUUUGGGAAAGGAAGUGUUACAAGACUUGGCGGUGCAGGCGGGGCCUUGGUUGAAACUUUUCCAAGUGGCUGCUUGACAUUAGACAUUGCUUUGGGUGGUGGCCUCCCCAAAGGGAGAAUCGUGGAGAUUUAUGGACCGGAAAGUAGUGGAAAGACCACUCUUGCACUCCAUGCAAUUGCAGAAGUACAGAAGCUAGGCGGUAAUGCAAUGCUUGUCGAUGCUGAGCAUGUUUUUGAUCCAGCUUACUCAAAGGCAUUGGGGGUAGAUGUAGAAAAUUUGAUUGUCUGCCAACCUGAUAAUGGAGAGAUGGCUCUAGAGAUUGCGGAUCGCAUGUGUAGAUCUGGUGCUGUGGAUCUCAUUUGCAUUGAUUCAGUGUCAGCUCUUACCCCACGAGCUGAAAUAGAAGGAGAAAUUGGAAUGCAACAAAUGGGUUUGCAGGCAAGGCUUAUGAGUCAAGCUUUGCGUAAAAUGUCAGGCAAUGCUUCAAAAGCUGGAUGUACUCUUAUUUUCCUGAAUCAAAUAAGAUACAAGAUUGGUGUAUACUAUGGAAACCCUGAAGUCACUAGUGGAGGGAUUGCUUUGAAGUUCUUUGCAUCAGUUCGACUUGAGAUACGGCCUAUUGGGAAGAUAAAGUCUGUCAAGGGAGAUGAAGAGAUUGGUCUUAAGGUUCGUGUACGAGUUCAAAAGAGUAAGGUUUCGAGGCCUUACAAGCAAGCUGAAUUUGAAAUCAUAUUCGGAGAGGGUGUUAGCAAGUUGGGUUGUGUUUUGGAUUGUGCUGAAAUAAUGGAUAUUGUGCUAAAGAAGGGCUCAUGGUAUAGCUAUGCGGAUCAGAGGUUGGGGCAAGGAAGAGACAGAGCAUUACAGUACUUAAAAGAAAACCCCUUACUGAGUGAAGAAGUAGAGAAGAUGGUUCGCUCUGCCAUGGCAGAGGGAGUUGGACACGUAGGCUCAUCUUACAUGAAAUUGACACCUCCACAGCAUGAAGAUGAAGAUAUUUUCCAUGAGAUGCAACGAGAAUGAUGAAAUGCUUCACGUUACUGAGAUCUGGAUGAUUGGAUGGAAGAAUUGAGAGCAUAGGUUACAUUGUUCCAUGACAAAACAAUGUGAAUUGGUGCGGUUCACGUCAGUCGGUAAAGGCUUACAGGUGACGGGGAGAGUAACAACUUGGAGUUCAUGCUCAUAUGAGAUUUGUUUGACAAUGUAGACGUAUUUUGUCAUCAAUUUUGGGGAAGAACAAGUUCAUUUAGUUUAGUACCCUAAUGAGGAAUGUACAGUUUACUGGGACUUGGAGGGCAUUGAGGGGGUGCUGGGAGGGUUACAUAUUGUAAUAUUCAUAUCCUCUUUCCAAAGACAGUUUGAACAUUCGCAUAAAAUUUUUAAUGAUAUUGAGUGAGCAAGUUUUCUUUA